CGCUCGAAGGCAAAGAGCCGGCACAGUACCCGUACUCCCUCGAAUAUCGAGGUACGGUCCAUCGGCAACUCAGGGCAGAGGGAGAGGAGACUUUAAGACAACACAAGAGAGAAUASAGCAGGAGUACUGUAUUGACUUACGCCAAGAUGACAAAAGCCAAGUCAAUCAGAGCGAUGUUGACAUCAUCAAGGAGAAGCCCUCCUAGAAACGCUCCCAGCAGCGGCGGCAGCAGCCAACAAACGCAAACGUCUGUUACACUCCCGAGGACCCUGGUGUCCUCGGCAAAUGGAAGCUCUACGAGCACAGCGAGAAACGAUGAGCGUCAAGGCCGGGAAGCCGAUUCACAUACCGGCGAGGCGGAGUCCAAUUUUGACGUCAGUAUUGGUAGCUACUCGCAUUAUCAAGAAAUGGAAAUCAAGGUACCCGGUCCCUUUGUUGUGCUACAGGGCAACGCCGGAGACGGGCUCUCGAACACCGUUGACGGGCCGCUUCCAGUCCUUGCUCGGACGAGGCGCACCCGGCAACGAGUACAAGCKGCAGCUGCAGCAGCAACGGCGACGCAGACACAAUCCCCAGAGGAGGAGGAAGAAUUUCAGCACGUGUCUACCAAUGCCGCGGCGGGAAUUGUGAAUGGGCCUCGCUUUGCGGUGACGGUGGGAGCGGUUGCGGCGGCGGCAGCUGUGGAUGCCGGGGUCCAAUCUUCGGCUUCUUCGGACGAAUACGUAGUUGUGGUUGACGAUGCAAACACCAACGGUACACCAACAAAUCACUUGGAAGAAGAGCAGCAGGAGCAACAACAGCAUGAAGAUCAAGUAGCCAUCGCGAACUGGGAGAGUUCUCGGCGCCAAUCCGAAUUGCAGCAAAAGCGGGACUGGGAAGAUUCUCUAUACCAGGUGCCUCCUGCAAUAAUUGCCGAACACGUUAUGAUGAACCAGUCUCCAGUCACUCAUGUCAGCAAUGAUCCGGAGAGCAGGAGCUGGUGGCAGCGGAAUGGAGAGGUUGCUGUGUUGAGAGAACWCCCUACGAAGUUGUUCGACGGUUCGGUGACCGUCAGCCGAAUCGGCACGCUCCCCCCGGGGUCGACCGUGAUGGCAAUGGAUUUGAUCGAACUGAAUUCGGGAACCCUGCUCCCAAUCGAAGGACUGAAACCUACACGGCAGGGAAUCCAGGACCACAACGGUGCAUCCUCCAGCUCCUCUUUAACUUCCCCCACAUCCCAUCGAGAGCGCACUUUUUCGCAGGGACGCAUCGGGAUCAUCCAAAUGAUCAAACUCGAAACCAAGGAAGGGCGAACUGGCUAUACGUGUCUGAGUCUAGACGGCUACCCAUUGCUUGGACCGGGGCUUCCUAAUGCCUAUGUCGACCCCGCGAGCAGCACCAGGGACCGGGACCAACACACUCCGGGGGGGCCGAGCCGCGCGAGCGAGAGCUGGAUCUGGAGGGUGACCUGCCCAUCCGGCGCCUUUGUGCGAGAGGGACUCGACCUUCACACACGCCACAUAGAGACACUGCCCUAUGGGAGCUUGGUUCGCGUCACACGCCGGUGCAUCAACAACCAGGGCCUGAGUCGGUUGAGGACGUCGGGAUAUCUGUCGCUGAAAACCCAUGAAGGGAAUUCACGAGUGCUAGUGACAGGAUGGUGUUCGGAGCUCUUGAAUCCGUUGUCGGGACAACGAGGGAUCGUCGCACAACCCCUUCCAUUUCCGGUCCCGGCGAUCUAUCGAGUAACGCUGCCGAUGGGGUAAGUCUGCCGUUUUUGGCACAAAAAGUGCAGUCGAAGGAGUCUUCUUCGAGCAAAACAGCUGYUGCGACCGACUUGCUACGAAUUCUAUAAGUGUAUCCCGAACCAACUAACAGUUUCUUUGUAAUACGGAAUCCGCUUCCUAUUGUUUUUAAUGAAAACAAAGCGCUGUGGUUCGCAGAGACAUCGAAUUGAUGAGUCCCCAAAUCGAAAUUCUUCCAUUUGGAAGCACUAUCAAAGUUGUAGCGAGGGCCUUUUCGGAACAUCCUGUCGAGAGGUGCAUCGAACGACUCCAAUUGGCAGGAGGUGGCGGCUGGAUAUCGGUGCGUUUGAACCUACCUCCCCCACAGGACGAUUUGGUGGUCGAACUCGUUGAUAUCGAUAGCGACUUCGAUCCGGAAAAUCCCGGGUUGUACCAUUUGAAUGCCCAGAGAGCGGUUCGAGCCGAACGCGAACGAGAGCGAGCAGAACACAACCCUUCGGAUUUGUCUUCAGUGGACGAGAACGAAAUCUCGGACGACAGUGCGAACCACGAAGAAGAAAAUUGCAACAUUGAUGGUACCCAGCAACACUCUGCCAAGUGCGUGGUUUGUCUGACCUCGGAACGAAACGCUACCAUCGUCCACGGGGAAACUGGCCACGUCGUAUGCUGUCUUGUUUGUGCGCGAAUACUGAAGGCCCGCGGUGAUAAAUGUCCGGUUUGUCGACUGGACAUCGAUCUUGUCAUUCAACACUUUUACGCGUGACGCAACGCAGCACCAAUGCACCACCAUAUUAUGAACAAUACGGAAGGAGGCAAUCAUGUUAUAAUUUGUACAAUAAAAUAUGGUGCACGUAGAGCGCGUUGUUUGGUUUCUUACACUACUUUUCACUACGUGAGAACGGGUUGCUUGACCUUUUUGGGCGUCACAAUGUUUCCGUUUGUGUAUCUUCGAACAGCGGGUUCUCGUUCGAUCCAGCCGAGUCGGCGUGCAACGUACAUGCCGAGGCACACUGAUUCUGCCACAUCGGUUGGAAAUUUUCCCACGUGCUGGUCCAUGGUUCCAAAAUCGGCCACGACCUGGCGGGCAAUCAACCGAGAUGCUUCCUUGGCUGUGCCUCCGUUUUGACUCUCCUUUUUGCUCAGGAGCUCGGAUCGCCAUUCUUCGGGAGAAACUCUCAGGAUAGAAUGAUACGGGGCGGCUUGUGCCCAGGUGUCAAGGAGAGCGGUAUCACCGCCUUCGAUGGCGAUGUGGGUGAUUUUCGACGAAGAUGAAGAUUCUUGAUCAUCUCCGCUACCCCCAGCUUCUUUUUCCCAUUGGUAUAUGAUAUCUUCGAAGUCCUCUUGGAGAUUUUCCCGAUCAAACAAAAACUGUUCGUAUCGAAGGAGAUUCCCGCGGUCAUCGAACAAACUAACCCCAGACUU